AUGGUACCUACACGGAGGAGGCAAAAUACCAUACAAGAAGAACAUGAAGCAGAAGGUUCACAAUCACCUCCAGCUCCACAACCUUCAAGUCCGAGGACAACAACACCAUCAACUGAAGAACAGUCAUCCCAAGAAUCACCACCGAGAAAAGUACGAACACUCAGGGAGAUCUACGAGACAAGCAUUUUUGCCACGAUGGAACCUGAAAGCUUUGAAGCAGCAGUAAAGGAAAAAAAAUGGGUAAAAGCCAUGGAAGAAGAAAUCAGGAUGAUCGAGAAGAAUAAAACUUGGGAGUUGGUCAAUCCACCAAACAAUAAGGAAGUCAUUGGAGUUAAGUGGGUCUACAAGAUGAAGCUUAACCCAGAUGGUUCGAUCCAAAAACAUAAAGCACAGCUGGCCGUAAAGAGUACUCACAAUUGCCUGGGAUCAACUACAACGAGACCUUCGCUUCAGUUGCUCGGCUAG